AUGAGCAUGCCUAAAAGAAGUUUGCUCAAGAUCAUUCUCCUUGGAGAUAGUGGGGUGGGAAAGACAUCUCUGAUGAAUCAAUAUGUGAACAAAAAAUUCAGACCUCAGUACAAAGCAACAAUAGGUGCCGAUUUUGUCACCAAAGAGCUACAGUUUGAUGUCGACAAAUUAGUCACUUUGCAAAUAUGGGACACGGCCGGACAAGAACGGUUUCAAAGCCUAGGCGUCGCAUUUUAUCGAGGCGCAGAUUGUUGCAUUCUUGUUUAUGAUGUGAACAUCCGUAAAUCAUUCGAGACACUUCAAAACUGGCACCAAGAAUUUCUCAAACAGGUGGACCCUAUGAACCCGGAGAAAUUCCCCUUUGUGCUAAUCGGGAACAAGGUGGACGUUGACGGUGGCAACAGUCGUGUGGUAUCGGAAAAAACGGCUAGAGAGUGGUGCGCUUCGAAGGGGAACAUACCUUAUUUCGAAACCUCGGCAAAGGAAGAUUACAAUGUGGAUGCUGCAUUUUUAAGUGUAGCAGAAACUGCACUAGCCAUGGAGCCAAUCAAUAUUUGGCCUAUAGAUGAAGACAUUAUACCGUCCCAUUGGUGA